AUGAAAUCACAAAUUGUUAACAAUUAAAGAUAUUAUUCAUGCUAAGAUGAAGAUGGAAAUUCUACAAGGAUGCUUAGAAAUUCUAACAAUUCAGUUAGGAUACUUACAGACAUUCAAUUGCCCUAAUAAAUGUCAAAAAGCACUCAAGAUGCUUAUGAAAAAGGGGAAAGCGAGAUGAAGAAUAAUAUCUUUGACAACGUUAUUAAGGAGAACAUUAUUGGAUUCUCAAUUGAUAUUUAUAAUCAUUAUAUCAUCCAAUGUAUUUUAGAAAAAGGACUGAGUGAACACAAAAGCUAUGUUUUAAGACAAGUCGUAGAAAAUAUGGAUUUAUUUUGCUAUCGGAAAUAUGCCUACAAAAUAGUACAGGCAUGCUUAACUUAAUUCCAAAACAAUUAAAUCAUCUAAUACAUAAUUGAUAAUAUCAAGAGACUAUAAUUUGAUUAAUAUGGAAAUCUCAUCAUUAGUACACUUUUAGACACUAUUCAGAAUGAUGAAUAAUUUGCUUAAAUAAUAAACAAAUUAUAAAUCGAUAAAAUCAAAUAUCAUCAAUAUGGUUGUGUAAUUUUGAUUAAUAUGGUCACUUGCCCCAAAGCUAACCAUGUGGGUCCUAUAAUCAAUAAACUUAUCUAAGAAAGCAUUCAAUUAUCAAAAUCUUAGUUUUCGAAUUAUAUCAUUUAGAAGAUGCUAAAAGAAAGAACAAUUGAGUAAAAUAAGGUUUUAAUCAAUGAAUUCUUGAUUCCAAAUUUUGUUGAGUUAUCAUGUAAUAAGUUUGGAAGUAAUGUUUGUGAAAUCAUGGUCACUAAAUCACUUGCUUAUUAACUCUAGAAUUUAUGGAAUUUAGUCAUUAAAUAGUAUGAUUUUUAUUUAUUUUAGGAAUCUGAGAUCACUUUUGAAUAAUGA